AUGUCGUUCGCAACUUCAACCCAUCCCGGCGUCUCCGCUGAUGUCCGUACCACGGAGACCCGACCGUUGGAUACGUUAGUCACCCUGACAUGCUGCAGAAUCUCGUCAUACUUUAUUCUCGUGUCCGAUUUUCAAACGAGGAUCUUGAACAGCAACCCGAAUGACUGCCUAGCGACUAGAGACUUCGGGUGUCAAAGAAACCCAAUGAUUACAUGGCGGUGGCAAACCCUUCUCCCAGCAUCCUAUCAAACGUGCAGUUACGGUAUAUGA